CGACCUCACAAAUCCCAAAUCGGAACGUCCACAACAGCGACUCUCCUCACCAUCCCCUCCCACCUGACCAGAAAAAUGGCAACCCUCCUCUUCUCCUUCGGCGGACUCUUCCAAGUCUCCAUCCUCCUCCUCAACGCCGUCGCAGUGCUCUCCGAAGACCGCUUCCUCGCACGAAUCGGAUGGAGCUCCUCCCAACAAACCUCGGAACCAGCUUUCGGAGGAGACUCGCACUCGCAAUCAAUCAAGUCGAAAAUCAUAAAUUUGAUCACGAGUAUACGAACACUGAUGAGGAUACCGCUGAUUUUUUUGAAUGUUUUGAUUAUUGUUUGGGCGCUGGCGUUUGGAUGAGGAGAUGGGAGGCAAUGAGGGAGUGAGGGAGAUGUGGAUGGAAUUUUUUAUGGGUUGUUGGAGAGGGAUGAGGUGGGAAUUGGCAGAGUCUGGUUAUGGCAUGGAGGAGGAUUUGAGGCUCGCAAUUGGCGCUGCUCGGAGAAUAUGCCCGCAGGCUAUGGGCAUGGCGGUCAUGAAACGCAAGUGGCUGUCUGUGAGGCGGCACUGAGGCCGUGCGAGCCAGACGAGUAGAGAGAGAGAGAGAGAGGAACAACACAGGAUCAGAGCAGCACAGUGCACAUCAUAGAUUUAUGGUCCACUGCGGCUCCAGCCCAUGCCAUGCCAUAGCCAUCCAGCUUCAAAAUACUAGAAAGCCAAGC